UAGGAUCAUUGAUAAGAAAACUGCCAGGCCUUAGUAGAACUACCGAAAAUAUCUAGUCAUCGAACUAUCAGAGCGUACUAUGACCAUAUGAACGACUACAUGAUCGUAAAAAAUAACUUCUUUUAUUAAAUAAAAAUUAUGCAUUUACACACCUGCCAAACUCUUUCCGAAAACUCGAACAAAGGAUGAGGCGUACAGAUGAAUAGCGUAUCAUCAAAAUUGGCACUUAACGUGGCGCAGACCCGACUUCUAGCGCCCUAUUUACAAAGAAGCCUUAAACUCUUGCGGAUUUGCGUAGCUUUUGUGGUUAUUGGAUCUCCUUUUCAUCCUUCAUUUGCAUUGGGCACUAUACCGAUAGGUACUGAACAUAAAAUACCAAACGUUCAUCGAAAAAUUGAGGAUGGAGGAAACUUUUCCUUUCAUGGUUUUAACAACAUUCCUGAGAAGCCACUUAACUAUGGCUAUAACGCGGAGGCGCCUAUUCGAUCGGAAUCCUUACUAAAAGUCACAUCCCAAGUAAAAUCUUUAAUGUUAACUAAGCCUGUUUACAUAUCGCGACCUAUACAGCUUGUCGCGAAAUUUCACGAUGACAAUAUUCCUUCAAAAGCCAUUAAAAAUUUAAUUGGACAGGGUAAGUCAGCAUCAAAAUCCAAUCAGACACCCACAGUAACAAUGGCAGCCAGUACGUCACCACAAAAUACGGCGCUAGAAUUAAUAAAUUUACAUGGUGUUAUACUAACGACAGAAUUACCAAAAACUAAAGCAUAUACUACUAAAAAAUUCUUCGAUUAUUCACAUUUAAAAGAUCAUUUUAAAAUGGGUCCCACAGAAAUAGAGCCAUCUCGAAUAUUUCGUACUACCCAUCACCAUGAACACCAUUGGGGACCAUUUUUUGAAGAGCACACCAGCUCAAAACCUUUAAGUGAGGGUCAUGUUUCAGCAGUGCACUUGUUUACGGAAGCUGCACUGAACUGUCGAGUUGGUAUGCUAAAAGACAAAACGGUCAUGUGGAUAAGACGCACAGCCGAAAAGGUAUCCCUCCUUACUGUUGGAAACAUUACUUAUAGUGGAGAUCCAAGGAUUCAAGUGAAGUAUCAGUACCCAAACAAUUGGCGUCUAUUGAUAAAUCCAACGCAAAGGGAUGAUGCUGGAAUUUAUAUGUGUCAGGUUUCAACGCAUCCGCCACGUUUUUUUACUACAAAUUUAACCAUAUUGGAGCCACCCCUUAGAAUAAUCGAUGAAAAUGAACGGAAUAUUGGGGACCGAUACUAUAAGUCAGGAAGCACGGUAGAUCUUCAAUGUCAAGUGUCUCGCAACUUCUUUGAAAAGGAACAAUUCAACAUAUUUAAAGCUCUCGAAUCUCCAAAAUAUAUUAAUCAAAUUGAACACAACGGUACAUCCAACGAAAAUAUUUUUAACAGUACUACCAAUAUACAUAAUUUCACUGGAAAAGAUUUGGAAAAACACUUUUCUAAUUUUAUUACAUGGGCAAAGGACGAAAAAUUGAUACAAAAUCUGACAAAAAAUCUCUCAAGUGUUUCAGGUAAAUGGCUAACCAGUCGAAUUUCUAUUGGGGAUGCCAAGCUUUCCGACAGUGGAAAUUAUUCAUGUUCUUUGGGCAAACUCUUUACCGUAAUUGUCCAAGUUCAAGUUCUUACAGGAGAAAUUCCCGCUGCAGUGCAACAUAACAAAGCAACGAGAUCUGAAUAUUAUAAACUGGUGCAAUUAAACAUUUUUUUUAUGAUGAUAAAACUAUAUAAUGUCCUUAACUAGAAAAUAUUAUUUUAUAAUUAUUUAUGUAUGUACGUGUUACAAAAUCCAAAUUUGUUUGUAA